AUGAUCAAUGACAACGACUUUAAGCGGAUGAGUCUUUCAGCAGUAAGCAGUGUCGAGCCAUUGAACUCGGCGAGUCCUUCCAAGCGCACACUGUUUCUCAGUCUUGGUUGGCUUCAAGAAAGUUGGGAAAGUCCACUCCCUUGGCAAACACCAGCAGUCCGACGACGUAUACUAUUGGAGCUUCUCACGCACGAUUUAGCAAACAUAUACCAAUACACAAGGCCCGAGUAUCUACAUGUUAAGAAGAAUCAGAAUCAUCCUCCGCCUAAGGCACUCAUAGAAGGAAUUGCGAAAUUUGUGACUCUUCAGGCCGAUCUAGCGUGGCAGGGAGUCAAGACGCCAGAUUUACUUGGAGAUCUGCCUGAUUUGUGGGAUAAAGAUUCUGAGCACACGGCGUACUUUUUGCUUUGGAUUGAAAAUGUGAAGUAUGGAAAGGGAUCAAUUGCCCGUCUGAACGAUAAAAUCUCAAAGGAUUAUUACUGGGGAAGAGAGAAAGAUCGCUGGCUAAAAGGUCAGGAGAAUAAUGGAUUUGGGUUUUGGAAUGACCUUUUUGGAAUGAACGCCGAUUCCCUUUGGGAAGAGUAUGUUUCCUAUGUUGACAAGGAAGGUUAUUUGAGUCCCUUAAAGUGGGCUUCAUAUUCGAUUCAAUCAAUCACGACAUCACCUCAAGAUACUUUUAGAUGGCUUCGGCGAAUCUUCUCUACGAUCUGGAGGAAGUUUAGCUAUUGGAAACGGUUCACAUUUACCGUGCUUCAUCUUGUGUUCAGGCGCAGCUCCGGCUAUAUGGCCAUGCUCAUUUUGCCGCUUUUUUUCACUGCCAUCACCUUGCCUGUUUAUAAGUUGGCAUACGAUCGCAUUCGCAGGUCGAGACCUCGUGUCGGUGCCUCAAUAUCGGCAUUCUCUGGUGGCGUAUCCUUGUUAACCUCUGGUUUGUUUCGGGGAUGGCAUGGUGUGAGGCUACUCGCUUCCGGCAUGUUGGUGUUGAAGUUCAGGCUCUGGUAUCUUGCCCAAAGGGAGUUACGCUUCUCUAACUCCUCUCCUGAGUCUGGCCCUCCCCUCUCACCUCGCAAUGCUUCUGAACCAUCAUCUCCUUCUUCUUCGAUGCCUACACCAACGAUCCCUCGAGGUCGACAGAUACGUUCUUCUUCUCCACCCUCAUCCCCAUCUGCUGGACCUUCGCCUAUCAUUACCCUUCCACCUUCGCCAGGCCCUGACCUUACCCCUUCACCCACUGGUUAUUACCCUGAUCUCCCUGUCCCCAGCUCAGAGCCCUCUUCAUGGGACUACGACACCUAUUACCGAUCACCGUCUCCUCCGAGCAAGGUCGUCGUUCUUCGAGACAAAGAGGUACAUUUACUAGAUCCAGAGGAACAGCAGGAGGAAGAGCAGGAUGAUGAAUACCGGAUAGAAGAAAUUCUGCGAUCUCGGAAGUAUGGAAAGAAACUGAAAUAUCGCGUGAAAUGGUAUGGCAAGCCUGCAGAUCAGAAAUGGUAUGAUGCCGGAGAUCUUCGAUAUCAGCCACACAUGCUGCAAGAUUUCCAUGCAGCGAAUCCUGAUCAGGUGGGGCCUCCGGUGCGAUUGUUGGAUUGGCUUCAUGCUGCUGAGAAUGGUGUGGAGCCUCGAACUCACCCCGACGAUAAUAUGGCCCGCAAAUAA